GAGGAGACGGGAUGCGAUGCGAUGCGAUGCGAUGCGAUGCGAUGCGAUAUGCGAUAUGCGAUGCGACGAUCGGUUCGGAAUUCGGCGCCGUCGGGUUAGGGGGUCGAUGUCGAUGGUGGUGGUGGUGGUGAUGGUGAUGAUGAUGAUAUUCCCGGGGCGGGAGCGGUGUUGCAGGUCAGGAAGGUGUUUCGGGAGGUGCUGUGGGGAGUGAACUUGAGUGCCUGCAGCAAGGCGUCGGGCGAUGCGGUGGGCAACGUAACGGCGCGAUCACAGGGAGGCGGGAAAGCGGCCUUUGAGGUACCUCUAGUGUCGCGGGUAGGAGCCGGGGCACUGCGGUCAAGGAUUGUGAGUGUGGAGCGGAACUGGAAGGCUGGAAGGAGAAGAAGGGAUUGUCAGGAGACAGGGUCCAGGGAGUUGGGUUCUCGAGGGAUCAUCUUGGCACGAUCACGUGUUGACUAACGUGACUUCUCUUGGCUGUCUGCAAGAUGGCCCCACGGCAGUGGAGCCCAAUGGAGCGAUGAUCGGGCAAUGGCCGGUGCCCCCUGCCAGUCCGGCCGAAUUUAGGGUUGGCUUGACCAUUCCCUUUUGGGGGAAAGCGGGGCUUGGUCAGCGACCUCAGGUGGGGGGUGAGGGGCAGGGGCAGGCAUAAGCUACGCGGCACCGGGCGGCCAGUGGCGGCUUGGAGAGUGUUUUCGGUGGGCUCUGGUGGGAUGUCCUCCACUGCGGCGGCGGAACUAUGGCGGGAUGACAAGGUUGCAGCUCCCAGAGCAAUGCUGCCUCCGCGAAGACGCCGACACGGGGGCGUCAAGAGCGGAUGCGAAGAGGGGAUCCCCAACCUUCUGUCGAUGGACGUUUCGAGGGCCGCACUGCCGCUUCUGCCUUGAGGUUGAGUGGGAAGGACAGGAGUCGCCGAGAGCCAGACGGAUACCAAAGUGACCAAACGAGGGGAAGGAAGGAGACCAGUGGUGCAGGCGUGGUGUGCUAGUGGUGCGACUGGUGCCAGGCGUUUCUCUUAUCAGUUUUUAUCGCGCAAUAGCCCGUCAAAGAUUGGUUCGAGCCUGGGCGAAACGACAAAGCAGAAAAAAAAAGAUCCAGGUCCAUUUCCCCUCCGCGGUCUCGGUGUUGAUUUUCUGAUUUCUAUCCUCUCUCUUCCUCUCCCUCUCCCCAAACUUUUCCCUCAACAAUUCCCCCCCUCCUUCGUUCACCCCAAGCUACAGCUUCAGAUUUCGUCUUGAGAUCUGAACAACCGAAUCAUCAGCUUCGGUUCCAUUUUCAGAUUUCCCCAUACCUCAAAGAUUCGCGUCAACCCCGCGCGCUUCAAUCUACACCUCGAUAACACCUCCCAUUCCCCUCCAACACCACACAUAAACCUUCACAAUGGCCGCUACUGCGCUUGACCAUCUCAGCCUCGGCGGCAAGAUUCAGUGGCUCGCUCAGCUUAACACUGAGUUCCAGCCCGCUCGCGAGUUCCGUCGCACUUCCAUCAUCUGCACCAUUGGUCCCAAGACCAACUCGGUCGAGGCCAUCAACAAGCUCCGCGAUGCUGGUCUCAACGUCGUUCGCAUGAACUUCUCCCACGGAAGCUACGAGUAUCACCAGUCCGUCAUUGACAAUGCUCGCCAGGCUGAGAAGGUUCAUCCCGGCCGCCCUAUUGCCAUUGCCCUUGACACCAAGGGCCCUGAGAUCCGUACCGGCAACACCAAGAACGAUGAGGAUAUUCCCAUCUCCGCCGGUACCAUCCUUAACAUCACCACUGAUGAAAAGUACAAGGAUGAGUGCACUAUCGAGCACAUGUACGUCGACUAUGUCAACAUCACCAAGGUCAUUGCUCCUGGCCGUAUCAUCUACGUCGACGAUGGUGUCCUCGCUUUCGAGGUCCUCGAGAUUGUCGAUGACAAGACCAUCAAGGUUAAGGCCCGCAACAACGGCUACAUCUCCUCCCGCAAGGGUGUCAACCUUCCCAACACCGAUGUCGAUCUCCCUGCUCUUUCCGAGAAGGAUAAGGCCGAUCUCAGGUUCGGUGUCAAGAACAAGGUCGACAUGGUCUUUGCUUCUUUUAUCCGUCGCGGCCAGGACAUCAAGGACAUUCGUGAGGUCCUUGGCGAGGAUGGCAAGCAGAUCCAGAUCAUUGCCAAGAUCGAGAACAGGCAGGGUCUCAACAACUUUGCUGAGAUUCUCGCCGAGACCGAUGGUGUCAUGGUUGCCCGUGGUGACUUGGGUAUUGAGAUCCCCGCCGCCGAGGUGUUCGCUGCCCAGAAGAAGAUCAUCGCCAUGUGCAACAUUGCCGGCAAGCCCGUCAUCUGCGCUACCCAGAUGCUCGAGUCCAUGAUCAAGAACCCCAGACCCACCAGAGCCGAGAUCAGCGAUGUCGGUAACGCUGUUACCGAUGGUGCUGACUGCGUCAUGCUUUCUGGUGAGACCGCCAAGGGUGCUUACCCCACCGAGGCCGUCCGUGAGAUGAGCGAGGCCGUUCUUAAGGCCGAGAACACCAUCCCCUACGUCAGCCACUUCGAGGAGCUUUGCAGCUUGGCCAAGCGCCCCGUCUCCAUUGUCGAGUCCUGCGCCAUGGCCUCUGUCCGCGCCUCCCUUGACCUUAACGCCGCUGCCAUUCUUGUUCUCUCCACCUCCGGCGAGUCCGCUCGUCUCAUCUCCAAGUACCGCCCUGUGUGCCCCAUCAUCAUGAUCACCAGGAACGACUCUGCUUCGAGGUACGCCCACCUUUACCGUGGCGUCUACCCCUUCCUUUUCCCCGAGUCCAAGCCCGACUUUAGCAAGGUCAACUGGCAGGAGGAUGUUGAUCGUCGCAUCAAGUGGGGUCUCAGCCACGGUAUUGGCCUCAAGGUCCUCAACGAGGGCGAAACCGUUGUCGUUGUUCAGGGCUGGAAGGGUGGUAUGGGUAACACCAACACCUUCCGUAUCGUUAAGGCCGAUGUCAACCACCUCGGUCUUGGCCAGCCUUAAAUGGCACAGGAAAAGGGGCAAGAGUCUGAAAAUUAGAUGAGUUGGCUUAAUCACUGGUUAUUUUCGUGUCAUGAUUAUGAUGGUUACAAGGCCUCGGUAAAGGCUAUUGGUGUUAGGUUUUGCGGAGAAAUUGCUUUUCAGGUGGACACAUUCUUAGGUCCAUUCAAUAGACUUCCUAUGCACGAUCAGUUUCGUGUCCUCAUCCCUUGUCUCAGUCUUGCGUUUGUGGUUGUGUGCGUUGACGUAUCACAGGAUCACAGGGGUUGUUACCCAAACCAUUCAAAUUAUCAUACUCUAACUUAAAUUAACAUGAACGACACCUGUCGGUCAGCACAAAAGAUGGACGGAUGCCCCGUCACCACUGCUCCCACUUACACACGGCGCCUUCAUAGUCAUCUCCUAAACUUCUUGGCCGAACCAAACCUAGCAUAACUACUACAAGCGUAAUCGGAUUCCGUAUCCGAUGACAAGUCUCUAUCCUCCUCGUCCUCGUCCCCGUCCACAUCCGACGAUCCUGCCGAGCUCACACUGGCCACCAUGACCGAUUCAUCCACGACCUUCCCCGUGUCCCUCGACACAUGGGCCGGCUUAAACUGGAACAUGGUAGUCCCAUUACCGCCAAAUAACCCGGCCGCAACGGGAAGCUCCAAGCGGAAGACGGUGGCGUGGUAGGAAUAGAAGGCCUGCUGGAUGGACUCCUCGAAUUGUAGACCGGGGACAGAUUCAAGGUAGUUCCGGAACUGGUCAAUAGCCAGGACGAGUGGAUCACUGGAAGGAAGGUUACGAGACGGGAAGCGUCCGGGACGCUCGAUGACGUAUUCCCGCGCGUCGAGUAUGAGGGCCGUGAGAGAGUGCAGGGCUAAGCAAGCUUUAUGGAGAGCUUCACUGGUGGAUGAGGAUGAGAGGCCGGGACUGGUGUUUAAGGUCGUGAGGGGCUUGUAUCCGGGACCCGGGGAAGUCCCGGAGGGGAAGAAAUGCACUUCUUCGGGAUUGGGACGAGACAUGGAGCAGAGAUACGGGACCGUGGCUUCACGGCCUCGAGCUCGGGUCAUGGGAGGGUUGGUACGAAGAUAGCCGGUCCAACUCUUGGGUACCUUCCAUUUGGUAGUACCGACGUUGUUAGGCUUGCCCUGUCCAUGUCCAUGCCCCUGAGGGACGUCGACAUGGAACCAGGCCCCUGAGUACUUGGGGUUGGUGACUACCUUCUCCCAAAAGGGGGAAAGGUAUCCGGCACCCGCCUUGUCAGUGUCGUUCCCGAUGAGCUGCAUCUCGGCGAGGUCCAGCUCACUGGCAACAUCGUGGAGCGCGUUGAAGAGGGUCGUUAGACCGCUUUCGACGACGAGGUUCAGGUGGCUACUUGGAGGAGGCUCGGCACGGUUACCAACAUGUUGGUUGUAGCCGUAGCCGUAGGGUUCCAUGCCGCCGCUGCUUUUGAACAGAGCGUUGAUGAUGCAGUCGGCGUGCUCAGGCUCAAUGGCGAGGUAGUUCUCGUGGUUGAUGCCAUCUGGGUGGACGAGGUGGAACAUGGAGUAGUCGUAACCGUGGUGGGGGAGGAGGCUUUUGAGGAGGUCGUUGUGAGCGAAGGGGUGGGAUGGGACUGGCGCUGGCGCUGGAACGUUGUAAAAAGUGUUGAAGCUUUGGAUGGGAACUAAUUGGUGGUUACUAUCGUCUUUAGUGGUCUUGGUGGCCAUUUUGGGUCCGGCUUUGCCAGUGUUGCGAGCGUUCUGUUUGCGAAGGGGCAUAGUUGGUGAAAUCGAGUUGUUGGCUUUCGGCUGUUAAAGUGCUGAGGGGUGGAUGUAUGCUUUUGAAGUUUUAGCGUGUAUUGUCUAUUCAAAGCAUGUUGGAUGACUGGAAAGCAAGCCGUUAUAUAGUUCCCUAAAGGCGAUGAGGCUCUAUACCUACUGUCAACCUAAGAAUCCAAGAUAAGGAUGUUUGAGCCCCGUAAAC